GAACAACAUCCCCUUCAACAAAUUUGUUGAAUCUGCUGAAGACUUUGGAGGACAGAUCCUCCAAGGCAUGAACAAACCAAUAGAGAUCAAUGAAAAACACUAUGGGCACCUUGCUCAUGUGAAUGACAAUCUAAACUCAGGUAUGCAGUUCAUCUCUGAUCGUUUUGAGAACCUCACAGGAACUCUCAACAACUUCAUAGCCUCAUCCUCUGCCAGAACAGAUGCCCAUUUCAACAGAAGUGGUAGGCAUCCACAACACACUCUCUAUCUUUCAACAGACUCUCCUGAGUCAAGGACAUGCAAUCCACACUAUCUCAUAGCAUCUUGAGGCUCUGAAGGAAUCUGAUGCCAGGACAGAGAGGCACUUGACCUCUAUUGAGGCAAUGUGUAGAGUUCAUCAAGAACAGGCUCAAGCACUCCUAUCUACUGACAGAGACCGUUAUCAGAAGAUGGUGCUCCUUGAAGCCAAUAACAAGGACAUCUUCUCUGCCAUACAGAAGCAGCAAGGUCUCAUUGAAGGCCUUACCUCUGUCACCCAGACUCUACCAGAGGCCCUGGAGCAGAUAGCCUCCACUCAGGCCUCAGAAUUCCAGAAGAUCAGUCUUAUGAUAGAAGAUCUGAAUGAUGCCAAAAAGGGGGAAGAGGACCCUCAACAGACUAGGCCUAGGUCCCACAGAACUCCUACUAGGGCACCCUCCUCUGCUGAGCCUGCAGUAGAUCCGGCUCCCUACUUUGAAGCUGCCCUACAGAAGAAGAGAGCAGCAGGCAUACCUAGACCCCCAUCUCCAGUUAAGAAAAGCACCAAGAAGAAGAAAGUUUUUAACUUCACUGAAUGGAGAUUGGGUGGUUCUCAGAAAAUUGACAGAGCUCAAUUUGAAGAGAUGAAGGCCAAAAUGACUCCUACCCAACAACAGCACCUCUAUUUGGACAAAGAUGGUGUUGUCAGAGUUAGGUAUGGGGGAUCACUAGAAGAAGCUGAAGAAUGGUAUAAGAAGAACAUUGUCCCAGGAAAGACUAUACAUGAAGGUGUUCUCAACUAUUUGGACUGCAAGCUUUCUCCAAUUUGGGCAUCUUAUCAAAGGUCUGGCAAUCUUUUCAAAAUCAGAGCUGAAAUAAACGAAGAACUGCUCAAGCUUCAAAGACUAGAGGAAGAAGCUCUACAGGCAGCUAAUCUGGAGAAUGUGCACUCCCUAUUAGCGUACACCACAACCUCUGUAAGCUCGAAGGCCACCAUGUCUACCAGUAGUUCUGCUACCUCGAAAUCAACCGGCCGGUAUGAAUAUGGAGAGUGGAUUCCGGUCAAACAUUGUCAAUGUGGACAAGAAUUGAAACUUUUGACUACAUGGAAACAAGAAAACUGUGGGAGAAGGUUUUGGAAAUGCGUUGGAAGUGAGUGGUCUGAAGGGUGUGGUUUGAUAGACUGGUUUGACCCUCCAAUGUGCAAAAGAUCCAAGAAAAUAAUUUUAGGUUUGUUAAAAAAACUGAAUGGGUAUGAAAACCAAAUCUACACAUUGGAGAUGAAGCUGGAAGCAGCUGAGAAACCAGAUAAAAAGGAGAAGAUGGAGAAGAUAGAGCAAAAAAGAUACCCUUGCACCAGACUGUUCAUGUGCAUUAUUGAAGAUCAUUUAAUUGUGAAUCAAGUUUGUCACCUAUCUUGUAAUAGAUUAGCUUUAUUAUAUCCUUGUAAUCAAUAUUUGUAUUUAUUAGGAUAAAGGAUAUGAGGCCAAUGUGUCAGGCCCAUAUCAGGCUGAAAGCCUUUCCGCCAACCCUAUACCUGUGCAUAUAAAAAGGCGCUCCAGGUUUAGGGUUGCGUUAACUUUCGUACUCGUUCCAAAUAGCCUUAGCGCAAAUUCUUCUCUGUACGAGUUCACGAUAUAUCAAGGAAGGUUAUCAUCGAUCAUCUUGUGUUCAUCUUUAUCGUUAAUCUUCUACUUUUUAUACUGUUAAUCUUUGCUGUAAUAGAAAACAGGGACUAACAAAUGGUAUCAGAGCCGAUCGAGAGCUGAUCAGAAGAACGUCUGCAGAAAAGCUCUGUUUUUCUUUACGCUUUUGUUUCUCUCGAGUUCUUACUCUCUAAUCUUAUUUCUUGUCGAAAAGUUGUAAAAGUUAUACCUUUAAAAUCGUCGUUUUGAAGCGAUCAAGGUGUAUACUUCAGAUUUGUUAUUCUGUAAAAUUUGUACUCGAGAUAUCUCGAGAUCAAGAUCUCAAGAUCUCUAUUUUGAACAAAUUCUGCCUAGUUUUUCGAGCUGAAAACUUCACCUGAGGAUCUCGACAUCAAACUCUACCAGAAACUACCCUCAGAUUUUGCUAACCUGAGUUUUUUACUUUGCAGGAUUUUGACAUUGAGGAUCUCGACAUCCAAAUCUCAAAGAUCGAGAUUUCGAUUUUUAAGGUCUCGACUUCUGGUCCUCGACUUUUGAUAUCUGGAAAACAUAUCUCGAGUUUUAAAUCUCGAUUUUUCAAAUCUCGACAUUUGUUUCUCGACAUUCGAAAUAUCGAGAUUUCAAAACUCGACAUUUGAUAUCUCGAUAUCAAAUCUACGCAGCGUGAAACACCCGGGGGGUGCAGGGGUAGCUGUUUCACUUGAACUCCAACUCUAACACAGCCUAAAACCCUCAUCUUUCCCUAUAAAUUGCAAGCCAAACCUGCGAUUUUAUUCAUUCAAACCGGCGAUCAAUACAUACAUAUAUACGUAUAUAUAUAUAUGCACCUUCGUACUACCUGGUCAGCACAAAUCCUGAACAAAUAAGGAUCAUCCCAGAAAUAAUACUUAGCAUCAGACAGAAACUUUUUUAACAUGUGUCGAGAUAGCCUGGUAGGCUCAACAUCGCCUACUAAGUAGUUGGCUUUGUCUGCAUACCAGGGUACCUCAGAUCCAAUCUCAACCUGCAAAAGACGUUUAUCAGGAAAAAGUUCUUCAAUAACAUCAUUACCGAAAGAGUCUACCAAGUCAGCAUCUAAUCGUGAUAAGUGAUCAGCUGCUUGAUUGGCGGAACCCCUCCGGUCCCUAAUCUCUAUGUUAAAUUCCUGCAACAACAAAAUCCAACGGAGAAGUCUAGCUUUAGAGUCGUGCUUCUGAAAUAAAUAUCUCAACGCUGAAUGAUCGGUGUAGAUAAUUACUUCAGAUAAAAUAAUAUACGACCUAAACUUCUCCAAAGCAUACACAAUAGUUAGAAGCUCUUUCUCUGUAGUGGUAUAUUUCAAUUGGGGUCCCGCUAAGGUUUUGCUAGCGUAAUAGAUGGGGCGGAAGUGAUUAUCUUUCCGUUGGCCAAGAAUGGCCCCAACCACCUGAUCGCUAGCAUCGCACAUUAGCUCAAAAGGGGUUUCCCAAUCUGGAGCAACUAAAACUGGAGCUUCCAUCAACUUAAGUUUCAAACACUUCAAAGCAAGCAAACAUUCAUCAUCAAACAAAAAAUCAGCAUCUUUCUCAAGCAAACGGGUGAGAGGUUUGGCUAUUUUUGAGAAAUCCCGAAUAAAGUGACGGUAGAAGCCGGCGUGCCCAAGAAAGCUACGGACAGCCUUUACGGUCGUUGGAGGCGGGAGUUUCUCAAUGGCCUCGAUUUUCGGCUUGUCAACCUCAAUACCCUUAGAUGACACCUUAUGACCUAGCACAAUACCCUCCUUGACCAUGAAGUGACACUUUUCCCAACUCAAGGCCAAGUGGGUCUCCUCACAACACUUUAUGACCUAACACAACACUUUCUCUAAAUUAUGACCUAGCACAACACUUUCUCUAAAUUAUGGAGGCAUUCAUCAAAUGACUUCCCAAAAAUAGAGAAGUCAUCCAUAAAAACCUCCAUAAAAUCACCAAUAAACUUCUCAAAGAUAGCAAUCAUGCAACGCAUAAAUGUGGCAGGGGCAUUGCAUAGACCAAAAGUCAUCCUACAAAAUGCAAAUGUCCCAAAUGGGCAAGUAAAAGUGGUCUUUUCCUGGUCAACGGGAUCAACGUGUAUUUGAAAGUACCCGCUCAUCCCGUCAAGGAAACAAUAAUAAGCAUGCCCUGCCAAACUCUCAAUCAACUGAUCAAAUAAAGGUAAGGGAAAAUGAUCCUUCCGAGUGGCUUCAUUUAGUUUACGGUAAUCAACGACCAUCCGCCACCCAGUCACCGUCCUACUAGGUAGGAAUUCCCCCUUCUCAUUCUGAAUCACCGUCAUACCCCCUUCUUGGGGACCACGUGAGUAGGGCUAACCCAUUGGCUAUCUGAAAUUGGGUAAAUUAUACCCACAUCCAAAAGCCUCAGGACUUCUGCCUUUACCACUUCCAUCAUCUUGGGGUUUAAACGUUGUUGCGGUUGCACGACUGGUUUAUACCCCUCCUCACACUUGAUUUUGUGGGUACAAAAGGUUGGGCUAAUCCCACGAAGAUCCUCAAGCUUACGCGCAAUGACUUCCUGGUGACACUUAAGGACAUCCAUCAAUUUUUCCUUCUGUCGCGACUCUAACUGGGCAGAAAUAAUGACAGGGUGUUGGCCCUGUUGGUCCCGGUUAUACUGGAUACAGUCUAGAGGGGGGGGUGAAUAGACUGUAUU